AUGACCAAAUUUGGCCUGUUCAAAUGUCUUGUGAUGUUCUUUGGUCUUUGCAACUCACCCGCCACUUUUCAAACUAUGAUGAACAUCAUCUUCCAUGACCUCAUUGUUGCACAAGUCCUUGCGGUUUACAUGGAUGACAUCUUGGUGUUUACAAAGACCAUUAAAGAAUAUAGGUUCAUCAUUUCCGCGGAUAAUAUAUCCAUGGACCCGGUCAAGGUCGAUGGUAUUGCCACUUGGCCAACCCCAAAGUACUUGAAAGAAGUACAGUCUUUCCUCGGCUUUGGAAACUUCUAUCGCAGGUUUAUCAAAGACUUUGCUACAACGGCCCGACCUCUCAAUGACCUCGGGAAGAAGGACAUACCAUUUGAGUGGACUCAGAAGAGGAACGACGCCUUUGAAAAUUUGAAGCAUUGUUUCACCUCCACUCCCGUCCUUAUUUACCCAGAAGAACUACUUGCCGUUAUACACGCUGAUACGCUAGAGGUGGCUCUAAGUGCCGAGCACAACACCAAAACAACCUCUAAUGCAGGGGGUGCUGGAGCUAGUAUCUAA